UAGUCUCCCUUCUCGCUUCUCCCUAUCGCGUCUCUCUCUCCCUUUGCGUUUUAUUGGCCGGCGAACCACCAUGAACUCCGGCGGCGAACAGAGGGACGGAGCGGCAGACCGGAGACCGUGGCUCCUGUCUUUCCGGCGAGAGCAGAGUCAAGGAAUUGCGUGAGUGGUUACCAUUAAAGGGAAGAAGCAAUUCUGUAGAAAAGAUUGAAUUUUGAAAAUUAGUUUGAACAACUAUUGAUGAUUAUGAAGAAGAUGGAUUACAGUGGCAAGUAGCAUAUUAAGGAUGAACUAAUAAUGGAUUAAGAGGUUUCCUAUUGAAGUGGUUAGCUUGAGAGUUGAGCCUAAGAUCGGUUGUUAGAGCUUGAGCUUGAGGAUUUGAUAAAAGUGACUCGUUUUGAGAGCGCGAUGUAGAGCUAGGUGCCAUUGGAGUUGUCUCUUGGUUUAAACGGAUUAGUUUAGAAUCCAAAUUGUUGUAUCAUAGUUGAUUUUAAUCUAGAUAGAAAAUUGUUGUAAUAUGGAUUGUGGUUAGAAAGCUUUGUAGCAUGUGCGUUUGGGUUUAGUUGGUUGCCCAAGCGUGGCAUAACAUCCCAUUUGUUUAGAGUUUGAAUUCGCUUCCGCAUUUAUUUUCAAUAUGGUUAGUAAGGAGGAUUGAUUAUUUAUGUUUAAUCCUGUAUUAGAAAUUUGGGGGUGUUACAGAGAGUGAGGACGAGGAUCACAUUGAAAUAGUGUGGGAAGAUGAAAAACCCACACAAGGUAAGACUCUCACUCCAACUCUUAUCGAAAGUUCUUAUAACGGUUGUGAGGAUGAUUCCUUUAUACUUCAUGAUAAUUUUGAUAAAUGUUAUAAAGUUCCUUUUUGCUCAUGGGAGUAUGAUUCCUUGCAAUUAUGUGAUGAUAAUUAGGGGAGUGAGGAUGAUGAAAAAUCUUUUUAUUCUUGUGAAAGCGAGUUCUAUGAUUAUGAUGACCCUACUGGGGAGGAUAGAGAAUUAUUAGGGAUCAUAGAAGUAAAAAGGGAACAAGGGGAAAGGAUUGUCACCAUUGACAAUCCAAAAGAACAAGAGUGGAAAGAGAACGCUUUAGAUGCGAUAGACGGUGGAGAAAGUGUUCAUUGGGAGACCUUUAAGGACAAAUUUUUAGGGGAUGGAACAUGUGAUGAGAAGGGAGAAGAAGGGCACACUACCCUUAAACAUCUUAGGAUAGUGCCCUGUGCUUAUUUAUUAAUAAACUAUGUUUUCCCCUUCCUUGCUUUUGAAUUCAAGGAUAUUCCCCACCUCCGGGCAUACCUUGAAGCCAAGGUUCAUGGGACGCUUGGUCGGGUCCCUAAAUCGGUGUGCCUCGAAGGAUAGGACAUACCACGUCUGGCCGGAGACAUUAAACCAUGGCGCAUUUGGGAGGCAGUCCCAAUGUUAUCUUAUAUUUCAUUAAGUUUUUUCUUAUUAUUGAUAGUAUACUCUUCUUUUUUCGUUGUUUCAAUAAUGUUUCUAUAAUCUCGGUUGAGCUAACAAGUACAGAUCAUCCAUCCGAGAGUCAUUAAUUGCCCACAAUCGAUCAACAAACACCGUCAUUUCACAAAAGAAGGGAGAAAGAUCAAGGUAAAAAUUUUGCACAUCACGUCUUCCACGCCUGCCACCACGCGUGUGAGCAGGCGUGGAACAAAUCCAGUAAGCUGCCAUGCCUGCCACCACGCGUGUGAGCAGGCGUGGGAACAAACCAGUGAGCUGCCACGCCCACCACCACGCGUGGUGACGUGCGUGGACGGGCACCAGAUUUUUCGUGGAAAUUUCGCGCGAAGUAGUUUAAAACCCUUCCCCACCCCAUUUCUUCACCACCACGAGCUAAUAUCACUCUCAAGCUGAAAACACACAACUCCAAAGCAUUUCCUUCCAAGUUUUUUCAACUUCUCUUGAUCUUCCUAAGUCAUUUCUAAGGUAAGAACAUAUCUUCUUUUGCUAUUACUUGCUUGUAUAAAGAGCUUAUUCUCCUUGAAGCAUAUAUCCAUGGGUUUUUCUUGUUUAAAUUUUUCUUGAGAUAUAUUGCUAGGAAAUGACUUAUUAGACUUGUAAUAGGCCUACAUUGCUUUUAUUUAGUAGAAAUUCCAUGUUUUACCAUAUCUUUGUGACUAGAUCUUAAAAUUCUAUGAUUUGGGCAUUUUCUUGUCAUGAUGAGAUCCAUGAUGAUAUAGUGGCAUGGUUGGUAAAGUUUGCAACUUUCCUACUCAUUAGGUACCACAUUGUUAUAUCCAACAUGUUAUUUGGUCCAAUUUGAACUUUUAUAUUUUCUCCAUUUUUCAACCUCAUGCUAGUCUUGAGGAAGAAGAUGAAGUUGACCAUUUUGUUGACUUUUUGAGUAUGGAUUGAUUAUAGAGUGUAAUGAGCUGAUCAUUGUAUGAGUAUGAUAAAAUUGUUGAUAAAAUGCUAAGAAGAUGUUACAUGCAAUGAGAUUAUUUGGUCUUUUCUUUAUGUGCAAUAUUGUUCGAGCUUAUAUUAAAAGUGGAGAAUAUUUUCCUUGUAUGGUGUUUCGCUUGACUAUGCUAUAGGAAAAUGUCUUCCCCAACUUCAUUUGCGCAACAAGUGGCUCAAAGAAUCCAUAAAGGAAAAGCACCUGAGGAUGAAAGCAGCAGGAAGAACACGAGAACUGAAUACAUUGAGGUGCCAACUGGGAAUCAAAUUCUGUUAAUGACGCCGGCUAUGCUGAGUCGGUAUAAGCAAUUGCUGAACUUCCCAAUAGUGCAAUGGAAGUACGUUGACUUGACUGUUCUAGAAGAAUUUGAAUGCAAGUACGGGCUUGAAAGAUUGAUCCAAGAGCCCUAUUGGAAUCAUUUGUUGAGUUUGAGACAAGAUACCUUCAUUCCUCUGGUCCACGAGUUUAUUGCAAGUUUACAUGUCGAAGGAGUGACCGGAGACCUCUAUAGCCCGACAAUCAAGUUCCGGCUCUUUAACCAAGAUCACCACAUUUCGGCUAAUAACUUGGGAGUUCUCUUGGGAUUCUAUGAAGAAGGCGACCAGUCGAAGCACUGGUAUAGGAGGCUAAAACAUGAUUUCGGAGAUAGAGACACCCCAAGGAAAUAUUGGGCGAUGAUUGCAAAGCCGGGCAUUGAUUGGGUUGGGUCCAGAGUGAGAGUCUUUCACAUCGUGAGGGAAGACUUGAGAGUUUUAUGGAAGGUAAUCGCGCAUUCUUGGGAAGGAAGACCGGAGGCUUAUGAUCGAGUCUCCAAGACAGAGUUGUUUAUGUUGUGGAGUAUGGAUACGGGUAGCUCCGUAAAUAUGAGCUUGAUAUGCAAGAAUUGGCUCAUUGCCCAGCAGCAGGAGUCAACAAGGGCAAUCUUUAUAGGCCCUUUGGUAACCCGACUGUGCGUUGCUUUGGGUCACCAAAUGAAGAUGCAUUGGUUUGAGCAUAGAUUGCAGGGGGCACACAUCGUUCCCUUAUUAGGACGUCGCAAGGCUAAAUCUAAGACAUCUAGCGUGAACUAGGGAGGAUGACAAGAUGGCGAGUGAUCAUUCCGACACGCCAAUGACAUCUCCAGGAUUCUCACCUUCACCGAUGUGAUUUCUUUCCCCAUCUCCCCCUACAAUCAUUAUUGUGUGGACCAUGGUCCACAUAGCUGUGUGGACCAUACUAUCAAAU